CAUUAAAAAAAACCUUCUCUCUCUCACAUCCUGCGUGCACGUUCUAUCGCGCAUCACAAUACGAGGACGUGAGAUCAUCAAUUUAAAACCCCAGCAGUAUUUCUCUUUUGUUCAUCUAUUUGUCCCCAAAAAAAUAAGAAAAAAAAAUCUCCUUUGAACUUUCUGCUUCUCUCCGUCUCCACCUUAAUACAAAAAGGAAAUUUUUUUUUCAAAUUUCACCGCAAAUUUCUUUUCUCUAUUUCACUCCCUGGUUUCUCAAUUUCUUCCCACCAUUAAAGAACCCAUUAAAGGCCCCACCUUUUUGAUCCAUUCCAUCUUCUCCCCCAGUUUUCGAGGUGGAUUUCUAUUCAAAUCCUCUUAUUAUAGCAGAAACCAGCUCCUGUUUCCAUCAAAAUGAGAAUGAUGAGAAAAAGCCCCUUCGGGUUCUUAGAGCAAAAUUUGUCGCCUUAGGGCAUCUGAUGGUUCGAUUUCUGAAGAGGAGACAGAGCUUGCAGAAGCCCUUGGAAGAGAAGAAAAUGUUUGAAAUUUUAGAUAGGGAGACUCGAAGCAUGAUUAUUGAGAAUGAGAAAAAAGCAAAAAUGGGGCAGAGAAUUGAAGGCCCACUUGUUGGGUCGGGUUUUGAUCGAUCCGAGAACCAGAUUCCUAUUUCUAGGUUUGGAAAGGAGAGCGCUUGCACACGCUGCGGCACUGGCCUGAAUGGGCAGCACUCAGAUAUGGAGCAGAUGAAGGAGAAGCUCGCGAAGCUGCUUCUGGGUGAAGAUAUGUCAGGAUGUGGCAAAGGGGUUUCAUCAGCUCUAGCUUUGUCCAAUACCAUCACUAACCUUGCAGCUUCUGUAUUUGGUGAGCAACAAAAAUUGGAGCCUAUGUCUACUGAAACUAAGUGCAGAUGGAGGAAAGAAAUUAAUUGGUUCUUGUCUGUCACUGAUCACAUUGUAGAAUUUGUCCCUAUUCAGCAAGUAGGAAAGGAUGGCUCCAAAAUAGAGAUUAUGACAGCUAAACAACGCAAAGAUCUCCUUUUGAACAUUCCUGCAUUGCGCAAACUUGACGCCAUGCUUCUUGGUUAUUUAGAUAAUUUUAAAGAUCGGAAUGAGUUCUGGUAUAUUGAAAGUGAUACAGUUGAAUUAGGAAACGGCAAUGCUCUGAGAAAAGAUGACAAGUGGUGGCUCCCCACUGUAAAGGUCCCUUCAAAUGGCCUCUCUGAGGUAUCCAGAAAAUGGCUGGAAUUCCAGAAAGAAUCUGUAAAUCAGGUUCUCAAGGCAGCCAUGGAUAUUAAUGCUCAGGUUCUAAUGGAAAUGGAGAUACCUGAAGCUUAUAUUGAGUCACUUCCAAAGAAUGGAAGGGCAAGCCUUGGAGAUUCGCUCUAUCGCAACAUAACGGUUGAACAUUUCGACCCUGAAUACUUCCUGUCAUCACUCGACUUGUCUACAGAGCACAAGGUUCUUGAUUUAAAGAACCGCAUCGAGGCCUCCGUUGUUAUUUGGAAGAGGAAGAUGCAUAACAAGGAUGGCAAAUCCUGGAGCUCUGGAGUCAGCUUUGAAAAGAGAGAACAAUUUGAAGAAAGAGCUGAGACCAUACUACACCUCCUGAAGCACAGGUUUCCUGGAACCCCACAGUCAGCCCUUGACACAAGCAAGAUUCAGUAUAACAAGGAUGUGGGACAAUCUGUACUUGAGAGCUACUCAAGAAUCCUGGAGACAUUGGCCUUCACAGUUAUGUCAAUGAUUGAGGAUGUUCUCCUUGCCGACCAGCUUGCACAGGAUCCCAGCAAGAACUCUAACAGGAAGCUUUCUCUAUCAGAUUCAGAUUGGGCGCCGCUGAAGAAACUGGAUCCUAUAGAAGAGAUGAAGAAGCUAGACUUAAUGGAAUCACCGACGGCAACUACACUUUCAGAUUUCAUGGGGUGGAGUUUGGACCAAGAUUUAGAAAAUGACAAGCAGAAGCCAGCUGGUAGCCCUGAGGAUAUCUUAGGUUUAGACGAGUUGAAGCUGAAGAAGCCUCCUAAUGUUGUUACUCAGAAGAAAUUUUCUUAUAUAGAGAAGCUUGAGAAUUUUGGUGGCUGGGGAAGUCCGGCAGCUCGCCGUUAAAGCUGGUCAAAGUAGGGGGAGGGGGAAGAGAGAGAGAGAGAGAGAGAGGAAGUGUGAAUUGACAAAACUCUAAAUUCCAAUGUGUAUAGUGAGAAGCACACAAAAUGCCUCAAAGUUUUGAGGAUGAAAAAUCUUCUCUUCUUUUUGGCCUUUCUUUCCUUCUUUAUGGCAAGUGCUUCGAAUGCUUUUGAAGUUCCUUGAGUGUUUCCUUU